AAAAAUGGCGAAACAUAUGUUGACUGUACACUUGAGGAGGAAGACUACAUCUACUCCCUGGGGAUUUUCUCUGACAGGAGGCCCAGAUCAGGGGUUCGCGCUGAAAAUUGGAACAGUCAGGGAAGAGUCUGUAGCUGAUCUUGCUGGUCUGAAUAAGAUGGACUAUCUCUGGAAGGUGAAUGGGCAGUCAGUUUUCGGUUUAACACAUAAACAGUGCGCUCAACUCAUCAAGAGUGCAGGGUUGAAUCUAGAUCUUGAAAUAGAAAGAGGAGAGAAUAUUGUUCCCUCCUUUACGCAGAUUUACAAACUAAAGAAGCAGAAUUCGUCUCCUCAGAUACAACGGAAAGAUUGUCUGACUGGAGAUGCGUAUUACAAGGCAGCUAUGAAGGAUCAUGGGCUUCCGGGGAAAAUUCCAACGAAGUUCACAACAGUUGGGAAACCUUUCUUUAUUGAAAACAAACAGUAUAACACCCCUAUAGAUGUUUACAAUGAUUCUGUUCUUAACGAGAUGCUUCAUGAUUACAGUGCAAUGGAGAAGAAGAAAGGAGAAAAUAAAGUUAAUUCUGAAAAGCAACAUUUAAACAGUAGCAGAAUUGUUGGUAGCUGUAGACCAGUUAGAGCCGUUCAAGACCAACUUGUCAGAACUAUCGGCGAUGAGGUAGAGAAACACUGGAAGUUUACAAAGAAUUGAUUCCUCUCGUUAACGCGCACAAUUUUAUCAUUUUUUAGACUAUUAUCAAUUAUAUAAUUAUCUUAAAUCAAGAUUUUAAAGAAACAACUCCAGAUUAUUUCCAGACACAAACAACAGUCGUUCAAUUCAAGUUUAAUUCUGCUAACUUCUGCUAUCAAAUAUAUUUCGUUUGUAUGUCAAUAAACGUCAAAAUUGCUAACCAGUAACCAGGUCGGACCCAAUUUUUUUACGGCAGUUUAAAUAACGUAUUGAAAAGUUUAUGUCUGGUCAAAAAAGUUGUCAAAGAAAAAUCUUCAAAUUUAUUUUAAUUUGCUUAUGUUAACAAAGAAAUUUUCAAAAUUUCUAAUGCUUGGCCCUGAAAUUGUCAUAACCAAACCCGUUUAAUCAAGUAUGAAACACUAUUAGUUUGUCCUAGAAUUUUCUUCUGUUAAAAAUUAUAUCUUUACCUGCAGUUUUAUACAAAAAACUUUGAAAAAUAAGUGCCUUGUAGUAAUUUUAAAU